AUGAGACUACAAAUCAAUCCACUGGUCAGACAUAUAAUCAAACAUAUGCUUUUAUACACACUACAAAACUACUGCAGGCGUUUUUAUUCUCAAUCCGCUGAAAGUUUAAUCGAAGCGAAGUCUUUGUCUAUGAUACGGGGGGAAAAAGAGCAGGAAGUGACAAAUGUUUACACCAAAACUUCAGAGGUAGGGGUGGAAAGAAGAUUUUUAAAAACUCCCCAAAAUCUAACACUUAUCUGAUGAAGGUGUUGGAUGUACAGGACAGUGAUGGGGAGAAAUAUAGCAUAACGCUGACACAAUAUAACAAAAUAUUUAGCCCAAAUCAGUGAAGAAUACAACGGAAUAACUACCCACAGACCCACCCCCCAACCCGGCCUCACAUUCCUUCUGUCAUAAUUUGUCAUUUUGCUCUUUGGCCAUUCACAGAACUACAGAUAGUAAACGGAAAGCAUAAUGCACCUUUUGUAAGUUUGACAAGAGUAAAGACCAAAUAACCAGAAACCACCUGCAGAUAAGACCUGGGGUUCCUGCUUCAGGUAUUUAUGGGUGGGGGGCUGGACGCAAAUACGAGUAUAAUAGAGGAGAAACAGUAGCCCUCCUCAGACCAUCCAUGCAAAAUGAAGAAGAAAAGUGAAGGACGCCUGGCUAUUGUAUGGCUGGCUUUAAUACAAGGUGUUCUGGCCUCCGGUGCUGUUGAGGUCAAGCCCUCCAUCAACCCCGCUGUAGUUGGGGACUCUGUGACGCUGUCCCUGUCUCCUUUGACUAACCUGCGGAGCGGAAGCUGGGCAGUGGGAGAGUCCCUCAUCCUCACCUGGGUGGGGGACCAGCAGGCGGUCUUCCCCGCUCACAGCGGCAGGGCGUCAGUCAACGUGCUCACCGGAGCGCUCGCUCUGAACUCCGUCACGGUAGCCGACUCGGGAGUGUACGUGCUGCAGAGCAGCAACCCCGAGCUUAAGGCCGCCGCUUCCAUCGCGGUUUUCGAGCCCAUUUCAAAUGUGACACUCAGAGCCAACCGAACCCAGCUGGUGGAGCUGAGCAGCUCGGCAGUCUUCACGUGCUCCGUCUCCUCCGGAUCCUCUCUCUCUUUCCUCUGGAUGAACGCCAGCGCGGAGCUUCAACGAAGGGACGGAGUUCAGCUCACUGACGGAAACGCCACUCUCACCAUAGCGAACGUGACCCGCCACGACCGAGGGCCGUUCCGUUGUCGCGUGUUCAAUCCCGUCAGCCAUGGAACCAGCGAUCGAGUAAAUCUGACCAUCAGCUACGGUCCAGACCACAUGGCCCUAACGGUGAAUGGGCAGAACACGACUUCCUUUGACGCGGGGUCCAACCUGACGGUGCUCUGCUCGGCACUGUCCCAUCCGCCGGCUCAGCUUCGGUGGGCUUUCAGAGGGCAGCUCGUGAACACUACGGGUCCGUUGCUGCAGCGCUUCAGUGUCAUCGAGGAGCAAAGCGGCCCGUACUCCUGUCUGGCCUUCAACAACCACACCGGCAUGAACAGCAGUAUCACGGCGCGCAUCGAGAUAGCAAAGACUUCGUCAAGGUCUGAACAACAGGCGAUCAAUGUGAUGCUCCUGCCGCUGCUGUUGUUGGUUGAGUUGCUCUCUUUAUUGCCAGAAAAACUGUAGAAUAACGUCUUUAUGACACUGACUGACUUCUAUACUAUACUUUAGUGUGUGGAUUCAAGUCUGUGCGGUUUAGAAGAAGAAAAAAGGUGUGUUAUCCCUUCAGAAUGGUGAGCCUUCUACAUCCAUUCAGACCAGUCUUGAAAAUGAGUCGGAUGCUUAGAUGUGUGCAGCAGAGGGCAGAAUCAAGGUCAAACUGCUUCUUGUUGAGCAGCACCUGAUAUCAGUGCUGUAACACGCUGCAACGUUGUUAUAUGUAUCCGUAUGGUUACCACUGUUCAUCAGUUCAAAGUUCGGUUCAUAAAAUGCCUAAACAGUGACUUAUUACAAUUAUACAAUUAAUCAAUCCAACUGCCUGAUUUUCCCAAAAUCUUAAUAUGUUUGGUCGUAAUACUGAGGACAAAAAAUCAAAAA